GAAAUACUUCGAAAUUUAAUCAAUUUACAAUUUCGCCUUCCUUUUGCCAGAAAGCUUCUCCGCGUUUAUUCGUUAUCUUCUGGCUGUUUAAACGUUUUUGUGAUCUCUGCAAGAUAUGCAUUUAAUAGGAUUUAAUAUGACCGCGAUAAUCGAGUCUUCGCAACGGUGCUAAUGAAAUUUCAAAAUUCACAAUAUUUGGCGAUAAUUGCAUGUAAUACGUUCAUCAAAUACACAUAUCUAUAAGUGUUUGAAUAUCUUAACCCUAUCAAAAUUGCCAAGAGACACAGAGAAUGCCAGAGAAUGAGUUUUCAAUGGGAAACAAAUACAUUGCUAUGUAUACCACUGGAGAGUACCGAAGAAAAUAGAGAAACGGAAGGAAGAAGAGUGGCGACAAACCGGAGAAACUGUAUGCACGUCGGAACUGGUUCCGCGGACCGAUGGAUCGUGGAAGCAACCAGAGAAACAUGUUAGAAGGGCGAAUAGCGAGCGGGGCGUAUUAACGCGAUUCCUGCGAGCGUACGCCGGCGAUUCGCAUUCUCGCUCGCGCGAUGUCCUCGAGCUGGUGCCGCGAGUGAACUCAUCGAGCUGGUGCACGAAUAAGUUUUCCGACUCGACCAUUCGAUCGACACGCGAUUAUCCGGAUCGAAAAUCGUUUCAAGAAGAAUUUACUCUCGAAGAUCGUUUCAGAGACGUUUGAGUGAAAUUCCUGCGGCGAGCUCGCGAUAUCUGGCAGAUAUCCGACGACGAUAAUAUUCGAGUUUGCUUUCGGGGAAACAAGAAUGACGAGAAACAAGAAACGCGUCGAUGGUAUCCCACGAACGAGAGAAAAACGACAAAAGAACUGAUAGAUGUAUCAACAUAACAGUAUGCAAAUAUAGAGCAGAAGAGGAAAGCAAAUGGCAAAAGAAUAACUGGAUCUAUCAGCAUGGCGAUACUUCAAUAUUAACUACUUAAUUCAUACAAGAAAAAAUAUGCAAAAUAUAUCGACGUGAAACGAACAGAAGAUCAACAAAAAGGGAUUGCGAGAUAACGAAGCGAAUUAUCCACCAGAUAGCAGUUGAAUGAUAAGCUAAACUCUACGAAACUUCCGCUGAUAAUUGUACUCUUGUCGUGUGUUAUAAUAUAUUACCACAGAAUCCACUUCGUUCUUCCAUUAUUACUGGCGGAGUCAAUGAACUUAGGGAGAUUUAAAAUUGUAAUCUCACAAUUAUCCAAGAUUAUAAAAUAUUACUUUAUAGUGAAUUAAAGUCCAUGAUCUCAUCGAAAUUUUCAUUUCUGAAGUUUGUUUGUAUUUGAAAAAACUGAAGAGUACAAAUAUUUGACGCUCGCACCUAAAAGUUUGCGAAGAUCGACGAAUAUUUUCGAGAAGCGUGACAUAUGAAAUACGAAAUACCGUUGAGGUCGAACAGCUGGUUGAACUGAAUUACACUUUCGUUAAAAUUAUCUCUUUUCUACGAACGAAUCGAAGAAACUGGAAAGUAUAGUUGUGAAAAUUCACCGCUGAGAGUGGCAAGAAUCGAUGCGUUCCUUGGAAACAAACGGAUAACCUCGUUUUACAAGAUCGUUAUAAAAUUAUUCGAAGAUCGACCGACGAAAAGCGGGUAGAUAACGCGUGAUAUGUGUGACCUCUUCCUUUGACCGAAGAACGGGAGAGAAGAGGCAUAGAAGUUCCGCGGCAAAACACGAUCGUUUCUCAGUCGAUACGACAAAUCAUUAGGUCAACAUGUGUCAGCGAGUGAUAUUGUUAAGUUUACCAAAAGCUGACUCGAUCGAUAUCCAGUUUACUAAUCUCACCUACGAAGUGAGGGAUAGCUAUUUCGGUUCGUUGAAGAAGAUUCUGAAAGGGGUUAGUGGAACCUUCAAGUCCGGAGAACUGUCGGCCAUAAUGGGACUGUCUGGUGCUGGAAAAUCAACUUUGUUGAACAUCCUGACGGGAUUUCAGAGAGGCAAGUGGACAGGAGAGAUCAACUACAUCGGGAAUCAGGGAAAACAAAGUUGGAAAGAAUACAAGAAGCAGUCGUGUUACAUUCAACAGGACGAUCAUUUGCAGCCAUUGUUCACCGUGUGGGAGACCAUGUGGAUGGCAAGUAAUUUAAAAAUCGGUAACAGUCUGAGCCUAAAGGCUAAGGAAAUGCUGAUCGACGAGAUGUUGGAUAAUUUGGAUCUGAGCAGAACGAAGGAAACUAGAUGCAAUCGAUUGAGCGGCGGACAAAAGAAGAGGCUCAGCAUCGCGUUAGAGUUGCUGGACAAUCCACCAGUGAUGUUCCUCGACGAACCGACAACCGGCCUUGACUCUUUGUCUUCUCACCAGUGCAUCAGAUUGCUGCAUAACCUGGCCAAGGCCGGUAGAACUAUCAUCUGCACGAUUCAUCAACCUAGCGCGGCCACCUACGAGAUGUUCGACACCGUCUAUCUUCUAGCCGAUGGUAAAUGUAUGUACGAAGGAGCUACGAAGAACACGGUCGCGUAUUUUUCCAGUAUUGGACUUCACUGUCCCGUGUAUCACAACCCAGCUGACUAUAUGAUCGAAAUAAUAAGCAAGGAAUACGGAGAUUUCAACGAUCAGUUGGCACAUCUAGCCAGCAAUAGAGAGAAGUCGUGGCGAUCGAACACCUCGCAGAUCCAAAGUACAGAAGUUAACGAUAGUACGAGCGUAACAAAAACCAGCGUACUGAUCCAACCACCGUCGGAAUUCGACAAGUUCUUCGUGUUGAUACGACGGUUUAUGAUCCAAUUGUUCAGAGACUGGACGGUCACCUACCUAAAGAUAUUCGCUCAUUUCGCAGUAGGCGUGUUGCUAGGUCUCUUGUACAUGGAUGCUGGCCAUGACGGAAGCAAGACUCUUAGCAACGUUGGAUUUUUCAUGGUCAGUUGUAUAUAUCUGAGCUACACGAGCAUGAUGCCAGCGGUGUUCAAGUUUCCCUCGGAGAUGAUGACGUUGAAAAAGGAAAGAUUCAAUAACUGGUACCAGCUAAGAACGUAUUUCGUGGCCUCGUUUAUAUGCAACUUGCCUGUACAGAUAUUGUACGCCUUCGUCUACAGUGGUACUUCUUAUUUCCUGAGUGGACAACCUUCGGACGUCAACAGGUUUCUUAUGUAUUUAAUGGUGACCAUUAUGAUUACGCUAGUGUCGGAUAGCGUUGGUGUUUUGAUAGGCAUUCUAACGAAUCCUAUAAAUGGAACGUUCGUAGGUGCCAUUACACUUUGUGCUAUGUUAAGCCUGUCGGGCUUCCUGGUUCAUUUCAGCCAUAUGCCACGUAUUUUGUUCUAUAGUAGCUACCUAAGCUACGUCAAAUAUGGGGUGCACGCGUUCGUUCACGCGAUCUACGGUUUCAAUCGUGAGAAGCUAUCCUGUCCGAAAAUCUACUGCCACUAUAGCAUGCCUAGCACGUUGAUGACAGACCUGUCAAUGACGGACGGCAAGUAUUGGCUCGAUAUCUUCCUGUUGUUCUGCGGCUGCUUCCUCUGCAGAAUCGUCGUCUAUCUUUCUCUCAAGAGGAAACUCGCCAGAGCAUGAAAAGAUGUCUAAUUUCUAUCCAUGAUUAAUUGAAACUUCGAUUCCACUUGAGAAUAUACCUGAACGUCGACUACCGUGUGUGUAUUAACGAUUCGGCAUUGGAAAUUUUAUGAGAAUAUCGCAAGUGUAUUUUGUGACAUGUGAUUCGAGACAAUGGUGUCGAGUGAUCGUGUGAAUAGGAACGAAUGUAUUCGAACAAUAUCUUUUCGAGUUUCUUUUCUCGAUUAAAAUAUUACUUGGACGAUGCAUGUAAUAUCUAUUUACACAACGACGUUUAUUUUAUAUUAAAAGAGUACGAGUGAUUGGUUUUUUCUUGCAUAUCCCUUUCAUUCUAAGAUCGUUUAGUUAUUUCAUGACGUACACACAAAGGUCGAAAGUUAAUAGAAUUCUGCUCGGUAGAAAUCAUUAAGUCUCUUUACCAACGAGACAAUGACGGAUAAACACAUAACAUUUAAGCGGUAAGUGAAUUGUGCACGUUCAUCGGAAGUUCAAUGAUGAGAAAAAAAAAGAAAAAAAAAGAAAAAGAAAGAAAGGUCAUUAGAACUCAAACUUUCUGAAAACGUUGAAGAUCUGUAUUACAAACCUCUGCAGGUUGUCGACAUUUGUACAGCUUUAUAGCUGGAUGGUUAAUCGUAUGUUUGGACGAGUAUAGUAUCGUAUACUGUACUAGUCCGAUUAAAAGUAUGUCUUAACAGUUAAAUGUAUCUACAUUAUACAUAUAUAUGUUCUCGUAUCUAUGCAAAAACAGGCGAGUGAUUGAUUAUUCAAGUAGAAACGAAAUAUAAAACGAAUAAAAUGACAAAAAAGAAACUAGCAAGUAUAUAAUGGUUUGUGUGUCGUCUAAUACUGGGAGUGUGUAUAAUGUACAAACGAAAGCUCGAAUGAGAAAGAAAAAAAAUAUGUCAAGCGACGAAAGAAAAAGAUAAAGGUCAAAAAAAAAAAAGAAAAAAAAAGAAAAAAUGAAAAUGAAACAAAAAAUAA